GAAGCCAGGGCUGCAGUGGUCAUAUUCCUUUUUUGUUUGUGUCUCACAGAGGAUUUAUUUGCGGGAAGAGUUCAACUGCAAAGAUUUCUCCUUUAGAGAAAAUGAAUAGCCAAUACAUACGUCAUGAAGUGAGAGGAUGUGAAACUAGUGACCUGAGGAACUUCUGGGAAAAGACUAUUGAACAACAAACUCGGUAUCUGCAGAUUGAAAAAGAACGUCAGCAAAGAAGUGCUCUAACAAAGCUCAGAAAUGAAUGGAUGGAGAGGAUGGAAAAGAGAAUAAAGAUGUUGAGGACCCAACCUGAAGACACAUCUAAUUGAAGACCCCACAUUCAUUACAUGUUUGAGGAAAAAAGGGAAUUUUUCAUAGGAAAGCAUGAUGGUGUGAUGCAAAAGCUAAAGUCAGUUUUACUCUGUGGCUUACAUGAGCUAUAAUUAAUUAGCUGUCAUUGUUAGAAGUUUCAUUUGUAACAUGUCUGAUGUUGCUUUUAAGAUUAUGCAUCCAUCCCUUCAUUUGACAGAGACUGAAGUACUCUGAAAUCCUCUGUAUUAGUACUCCGAAGACUAAUAAAUCAUGGUUCGCUGAGCAGUAGAUGCUUGGAAAAAGAAUUUAGUUACACAGUUAGGGCUCAGCAGAGGCAUUUCCUCAACAUUUUAUGUUUCUGCAUAGACUCGUCAUAACCUUAUGAAGUUAUUUUCUUUUAAAAUUGUUUAAUGAAUAGUUCCGGGCUUUGUUUUGGUGUGGUUCAUUUUUAACACUGCAGAGCCCAGUUCAGACUAAGAAAGAGGGGACAUGCGCAAAGGAUGGCACCAUAUCCCACAUCACUAAUGGAGACAAGCCUGGUGGGAGUUACAGAUCCUAGCUGCCAUAUAAAGUCUGUAAAGAUAUUAAUAUGUACCCUGACAAAUAGGCUCUGUGAGACACCAAAAAGAAUUGUUCAAUCAGUUAACCACAUUAGCUAACUUAAGACACUUUCUCAGUAAAGACAAAACAACUUGGCAUUUUAAGGCUGCUUCUUGUACCUGACCUGGCUUGUCUAGAGCUGUACUGACAAUCUGUUUCACAGAGCAGCCUGAUGUAUUUUCACAGGUGUCUGUCAUAAGUGACAAGCACACUUUUUCCUCUAACACUUUUUUUCCCCUCUAAGAGCCAGUAGAUAUUCCUUGACAACCAGUACCUUCAGAAACAUGGCAGGCUUCCUCUCCCACAUUUGCCAUUAGUCAAAAAUGUCUGUAGUUCCUUUCUUUCCUAACACCUCCUUAGGAAAUGUGGCAUUUCCUCCAACAGUAUCAAAGCAUUUCAAUAGGCAGGUGAAAUAAAAUUGCUUCAUUUGUAGGGUGACUGCUUUGUUGCCACCAGAAUGCUUGGGGUAAUGUACUGCAAAAUGAGAGGUUUAGAACAUGCUAAAAAUCUCUUCACUCAAUUGCGUAAACUUUUAGUCCCUUUCUAUAAGACCGUUUCACUAAUUCUCUGAUAAUUCGUACUGUUUCAGAGUAAAGAAUUUGUUAUUUGCCAGUGGACCCAGAAGACAACAGCAGAAGGGCUUGGCGUUGUAAAAUAUUUCAAAAAUCUGUUCUUUUUAAAGCAAAACAAAACUUUGAAAUGCUAUUUUUUCUUUCUUUACCAAUCACCUUUUAAAUCAACUUUUGUAUCCCCCAAGGUCAAACCAAAACUGUUAUGAGAAUUUAAACAUGUAAAUAAUGUUUGAGAAACCUGAGAAAUCCAUUACAGUCUGAAAAAAAGAGAUGACCUUGGAACAUGUACUUAAAAAUCAAGACACCAAGCAGGAAUGUUACCAAAUUUGAGAGCAGAGUUUGCCUGGCAGCUGAAAAAAGCUGCAAAAUUCAUAUUCUUCAGUUGAGUUUUUUUCUUAAGCAAUUUAUAAAGUAUCAUCAAUGGGGAAUAUGCAGCGUAAUUAUAUCAUUACAAUAUAGCUAUGUUUUAAUAAACUGUCACCAAGUAUCUAUACAAUAUUAGGGUUUAGUAAAAGUUAGAUUUCUUUGAAAAUGACAGUUCACAGACUUCAAUUCUCCCAUCACCUUCUGUGCCUUGUUUUACUGUAACCCUACCCAAACUCCAUUGUGAUUGAUUUUUAUACCAUUUUUAGCUGAAAUUAGAAUUUGAAGUAAGCCAAAGGAACAAAUUUACAUCCCCUCAUUCAUGUGUGACCGCAUAAGGUGCAGAACAGAGGGAAUCAGAGUUGGUAUAUUUAAAAAAUUAAAAAGGUGCCCCUCACCUUUUGCAUCUCACCCAGUUGAGAUUCUUCUUUUCUCAUAAUGUAAGUCAGACUGAGGAAAAUCCAAGAAAAGGCAGGGAAAGACAUGCCAGGAAGUGACUCCCAUUUGAGUCCCUUAUUGCACAUCUGAUAUGGUUAUGUAAUUUAAAAGCGCUUUAGAAUAGGUCCCUAUCAAGCUAGAACACCCCAAAAUAAUACCUUUAAAAUUAUAAAAAAGGAAAUUAUUUUUUACAGUCUUCAUCUAUUCCAACCCAAGGCCAAGAGAAGUACGGAAAACGUAUAUCCAGAAUUAAACCACUUCUCUUCUGAGAACUGCAAUUUCACCUUUAGUGUCUAGAUGAAUUAUUUCAGGCUCAGGUUCCACAGAAUUAAAUUCAGGACUUCGGGCCAUUUGAUCUUUAUUAUCUAAAUGCUAGCAACAUGUUUUCAU